UCCCUGGGACCUCGGUUGGCCGGUCGGUACAAGCGACUGUUGCUCAAGUGUGACCCGGUGGAGCUCUUUCAGGAAAUCGAGCGAGAGUACAAUGCUGGCAGUGCCGCUAAAAACGACAUCCUGAUCAAGGCAGCCAUGUUUGCUCGCAAAUUGGUUAUGGGGGAGCGCGUUGAUACGUUCAUCGAUGAGAUCAUGAAGCCACAGGAUGAUUCGGUGGCAGCUAGGAUGAAGCGGGAAGUGUUAGAAGUCGGAAAGGUUCGUGGACGACUCUUGGCCCGCGAGCAAGAAGAGACUAUGCGU